AUGAAGCUCCACUGUGUUAUCCUGGGUGUUCUCCUUCUUUUGCUGCUGGCCAGCUGCAGCAACACAGUCAAGACCCCUGCCAUUGACCUGCGGACCUUCACUGGCUGCGCUGUCCGUGAGUUCACCUUCCUGGCCAAGAAACCUGGCUGCAGGGGGCUGCGGGUGACCACAGAUGCGUGCUGGGGACGCUGUGAGACCUGGGAGAGACCAGUGCUGGAACCACCUUACAUCGAGUCUUACCACCGUGUUUGCACCUACAAUGAAACCAAGAUGAUGACAGUGAAGCUGCCCAAGUGUGCCCCUGAUGUGGAUCCCUUCUACACUUACCCAGUGGCCAUCCGCUGUGACUGUGACAUCUGCUCCACUGCCACCACUGAAUGUGAGACUGCCUGA